UAUGAUGUUAUCAAGGAGAAAAAACUAAGUUUUAAUUGGUUGUGUGGGUGAGGAGAGAAAAACAUCUUCAGUCAAUAUAAAUGGUUUAGAUUAAUACUGGCUCCUAGUAAUGUUCUGUUUUUGUAUUCAUAAAAUCAAAACGAGUUUGCUUAUGACCCUUACAAUAGUUUCACUGUUGGAGCGUGAUCCAAUUUUAUAAAAAAAAAGAACCUUAUUUUUUCCUCCUGGGGCACUAGUUAUGUUAUAAGGGGCACAGGCAUCAACAUUUUAAGGAUCUUCUCCCACAUGCAUGAGUUGGUGUCCACACUGAUGGCCACAGAGCUGGUUGGAUUCCCCCUUGGGUACAUUGGGUUAUUCCUCUUUUCCCUCCAGAUCACUGGAUGCUGGGACAGGACCAAAGGGGCUAAACUGCUGCAAGGAAAGUGUUCAUGCUUCAACAAAUGUUGGCUUUAGCUGUCAAAGAACUCUUAAUUACCGGGGUUUUGGUCGUUUUGUUUUUUAUGUCAAUUUUACCAGAAUAACUUGCUGUUUAUUGAACAUUGAAAUCCCAGAUUACAUGUUUAUCUAAAUAUAGCCUGGUGUUAAUAAAAAAAAAAAAAAUAGAACUAGAACCAGCAAGACAAAAGCUAAGUUUAAAAAAUCAAACUUUCUUUAUUUCAAUGUGGUUAGUCUAAAUUGAAAUAAAGAAAGUUUGAUUUUAGUUACACAGUGCUGACAUCUCAAUUUUAACUUGAAUUGAAUCUCUCCUUGGCAUUGAGGGGUUAGUAUUUAAAAAAAUCCCAUAAUGAUAAAAUACUCGGUAUCCUGUAAUAAUUGACACAGAAGCUACUUCUCACAGGUUUUAGACUAAUAACAAGGAGUCAGGGGGCUGGUGUAAUGUCAGUACAUCCAAUACACCGUUAUCAGAAGCCUUAAAAUGGCCAGCUCGGAUUGUAUUUUGUUUGAUGUUCAGAGCCGGCACCAUGCAGAGAAAGUUUCCAUUGCACUACGGCAGGCAAGCUGUGCCCCACAGCCCUGAGCCCUCUGCCAUCUGCUCCUGUUCAACUGACACUGCCAGAGAUGCAGAAACAUAACAUUUAUUAAGCCAGCCAGCUCGUUGCUGUUUGAAACUAAAGGAAGUGAGUUACCAAUGCUGGUUGAAGGGGAAAAAACAGGCAGUGUUGGAUCUGAAUAUUUCCUCUUUUUAAAAAAAACAUGCACCUGUUUCUUUAUCAGCUUUGAGCGAGCACCUAAGAAGACUGGAAGCUCUCCAGAGAGGGAGGAGAACACGAGAACAGCAGGACAGAGGGAGACUGUGAUGUCUAUAAGACGCUGAGUGUGAGGAGGAGGAUAUGAUCCACUGUUUCCUUUACACUGGACAGAAGAUGAGCAUGUCAGCACGGGUCGUGUUUGGAAAAGGGCGCCUCACUCCCAAGCAGCUCUCCUUCGCUUUCCCUCAGUCAGAUUCCCUGAGGAAAGGCAGCCGGUCUGCAGGAGGAAAGAGGAUGUUCUCGUUUUCUGUAAGAUGUCGACUGGGCAUCAUCAGAGGCAGAACCAAAGAUGAAGGGCCAUACUCAAAGGGGAGCAAGGACUCCGCCGCACCUGACCAAUCAGGUUCGUCCUACAGGCGCAGCUUCUCAGAGGAGUGCCGAGGAGUGACCACAGUGGACCUGAUGAAAAGGGAAGGCAGCAGCCUUGGCCUCACCAUCUCCGGAGGCUCAGAUAAAGACGGCAAGCCCAGAGUGUCAAACCUACGGCCAGGUGGGCUAGCUGCCAGGUGA